ACCGCAUCCUGUUUUGACAUUCUCUGUAAAACUUGCUUUUUUCAGCAAUUGAUGCUGUUUGAUUAGAUGUCUUUGCAAUUUUGGGGUAUAAAAGGGGCGUUGUGGGACUCGGUCAGCAGAUCACAUUGUGGACACAUUAAGAUGAUCUCCAGACACAGAGGGAAGGCUGGCCACUGGAAAUCUGCAGCGCUCGCCGUGUCAGCCGUGAGAAGCGCCGUUCAGCUCCGAGCCCGGCCCCGUGCGCCUCCCAGCACCAGGAUGGUUUCCUUCAUCCUCUGCCUUCUCCCUGCUCUCCUAGCUACGAGUGCACAAGCAUCAACCCUUACAUGCAAAACCUGCGCUGGUUCAGCAGAUGUCUGCCGUACUGCUCGAAGGACCUGCAGAGUAGACACGGCUACAGGUGGCUGCUGUUCGGUGGCAGAAGAAAUUACACUGGAGGGGAUAAAGACCACGGGCUUCGCCAGUCGCUGUACAAAUAACGAUAAUAUGGGAGUUAAAGACCCCGUCACUCUCACUCUUGGGAAUGACACGUAUCUGCGGAUCAACACCACAUGGUGCAACACAGACAAUAACUGUAACUCGGCCGUACCGGAAGUGCCCAAGGGGAGCACCACCUUGAACGGGCUGCAGUGCCCAACCUGCUUCGCUCUGGACUCCGAUCACUGCAACAGCCACAUCGCCCCUUGUACGGGGGACGAGACCUAUUGCAUCGAUUUCGCUGGGAUGGCAUGGAGAGGUACAAAGAAAUCAACAUUUGUUGCAAAAGGCUGCGCUACAGCGUCCACAAAAGUGAUUAAAGUGGAAAUGGGCCUGGUUUCUGCACUCUCCACGUUCACGUUCACAAAGGCGACCUCCCAAGCUGCAGAGAAAAUAACCCCCACCACCAAACCACCCGCCGCCACCACCCGUGGGGCCAGCCCGGCUCUGGGGAGAUUCUCCUUUGCCUUCUACCUGCCUGGCCUGACUGGGCUGCUGCUGGUGAAGCUGUUCCCCUGA